ACUCGCCACCGAUCACUACCAUGUUCACUACCCAGUGAGCGGCUGUAACUAGUGCUGCUGUCCUGUCCUGAACAUACACACCAAUGUCAACCUAAAUAUGGCAUUACAGUUGUCAUAACCACUGAAUCAUCUCUGCUGCACGGUGACCUGGGACUCAUGCCGGGCAUCACAGGCAGGAAACAUGCAGCAGAAGCACAACAUUCAGAUCAUAGAAUGGGAGGACUUGGACAAACGCAAGUUCUACUCCUUUGGAGUCUUCAUGACCAUGGCCAUCCGCGCCACAGUCUACCCGGCCACACUGAUCCGCACCAGGCUGCAGGUUCAGAAUGGGAGGUCUCUCUACACUGGGACCUACGAUGCCUUCCGAAAGAUUCUGAGAGCUGAGGGUCUGAGAGGACUUUACAGGGGCUUCAUGGUGACCACGCUCACACUCAUAUCAGUGCAGGCGUACAUAACCACUUACGAGCUGGUAAGGAAAUAUGUCUCCAACUAUUCUAAAGACAAUACACUGAAAUCAUUGGUGGCGGGAGGCUCGGCGUCACUGGUGGCCCAGAGCAUUACUGUUCCCAUAGACGUCAUAUCGCAGCAGCUCAUGAUGCAGGGCCAAGGGGAGCAUCUGACCCGCUUUAAAGUCAAACCCAAAAUGGGAGCAACACGCUCUGUAUUUUUCAGUCAGACUAGAGACAUUAUUGGGCAGAUAUUUGCUGCGGAUGGCAUUCGUGGCUUCAAUCGAGGAUAUGUGGCGUCUCUCCUCACAUACAUCCCCAACAGUGCCGUUUGGUGGCCAUUUUACCACUUCUAUGCAGAACAGUUGUCUAAGAUGGCUCCCAGUAACUGCCCUCAUCUAGUGCUGCAGGCAGUGGCUGGACCUCUGGCAGCUGCCACUGCCUCCACUGUCACCAACCCCAUGGAUGUCAUCAGGGCCCGGGUUCAGGUGGAGGGCAGGACAUCAGUCAUUGAGACCUUUAACCAGCUGAUCAGAGAGGAAGGAUUCUGGGGGAUGACCAAAGGCCUCUCUGCUCGCAUCAUAUCCUCAGCGCCCACAGCAAUAGUCAUGGUGGUUGGUUAUGAAACUCUCAAAAAGCUCAGUUUGCGUCCAGAGCUGGUUGACUCCCGACACUGGUAAAAAAAAAAA